AUGCAUAGUCAGUUAGCUCUAAGACAUGUUCAGCUGGCAGUGGGUGGCCUUCACAACAAUGUUCCUGAAAUAAGCAUGCUUAGAAGUGCAGCUCCUAGAGAUACAGGGAAAUCUCCAAUCUCCCAGGCUCCUACCUCUGGCAUGCCUUUUAAGGAACAGCAUUUGAAACAGCUCAGAGCCCAAUGCCUGGUCUUUUUGGCUUUCAGGAAUGGUUUGAUGCCAAAGAAAGUGCAUCUCGAAAUUGCACUUGGAAACUUUUUUCCCAAAGAAGAUGGACCUCCCAAAGAGCUGAUUGACAAUAGAGGGAAAGAUCAAUAUAUCAAUGAAGUUGGCAGCAUUCCUGAGGUAACGGUGCCAUUUGGAAGACUAGAUAAUGCAAGUGAAAGAGAUAGAAGAAUCCCUCCAGGCCCUUCUCCUACUGGAUCACUUGCAGAGGGAAAUCUUUCUAAGGAAGCUGAGAAGACAACCAUGAUGGAAGACAAAAAUGAUCAGCCUUAUGGUCUGUCAGAACGCGCAGAAGAAAGGAAUCAUCUUUUAGGAGGAAGAAAACUGGAGGAUGAGGCUGGAACCCAGGAAACAUCAGAAUCACGGGCAUUUGCUGUCAAGGGGCCACAACCUGAUUCAAAAUCAAGGGGUAUAGCAGUCAUUAAUCAAGGAAAUGAUUUGGACAGCCACCAUGGACAAACUGGAAUGGCAAACCGAGCUUCCCCUAUUAUGGGCAUAGUGGAAGAUGGGAAAGAUAAUACUCCACUUUGAUCUCAAACUAUUGAUGACGGAUAUAUUCAAGGAAAUCGUCAUGGUGAUGUUUACUUGCCUAGUAUUCCAUUAAGAGAACAUUGGAAUCCCAUGCCAGGAGUGGAUGGACAACAUCAUCCAGUGAUACCAAUUAAGGAUUCCAGCGUGUUGUUAAAAAAUGGGCAACAAGGUGACAACCAUACCUCUUGACCAAAUUCUUCUCGUAUUAGUUACUUUUGUGAUGUUAAUGCUUCUUGUUACAUAAGAGUUUCACAUGAUGCAAAAUAUUCAAAUAUUAUGGAAAAUGUAUGCAAAGUAGUUCCCAUUGAUGAUGCUCUAAAAAUGGAAUCCCUUUUUAGCACUUGAAACAGAUCGAGAAGAGGAAGAUAUUUCAGUU